AUGAGCCUCAGAGUGCAACGAUGGUGGAAACUUGUCCUCUAUUCGAAACUUGAAACUCCACCUUUCGGAGCGAAUGCACGCGGACGUCACCAGUGUGGAAGUGCUUUAAGCUGUGACAAGGGAUUUCCUGCAGCUCAAGGAGCCAGUAGUGAGAAACCCCACGCAUGCACCAAGUGUGGGAAAGCCUUCUCCUGCAGAUCGGCCCUCAUGGUGCAUCACGGGGUCCACACGGGGGAGAAAUCCUUUGCGUGCAGUGAACGGGGGCGUGGUUCCAGGGAGAAAGUUUGCCCCGACAAACAGGGAACUCAAACAAAGGAGAAACCCGGUAGAGACGGCAGAAGGGGUAAAACGAUCUUCCAGAAGACCCGCCUCUGUGUCCCGGGGACAGUUCACGCGGGAGGAAAGCCUUACAGGUGUUCCGAGUGCGAGAAAACCUCCCACAAGUCGCGCCUCAUCAAGCACCGUAGCUCCCACACUGGGGUGAAGCCCUACGGCUGCAGGGAAUGUGGGCGGUCCUUCUCCCGGAAAUCGUGUCUCCUCAUCCACGCCAGAAUCCACGCGGGGGAGGAGCCCUACGGCUGCAGGGAAUGCGGGCCGUCCUUCUCCCGGAAAUCGUGUCUCCUCAUCCACGCCAGAAUCCACGCGGGGGAGAAGCCCUACGGCUGCAGGGAAUGCGGGCGGCCCUUCUCCCGGAAAUCGUGUCUCCUCAUCCACGCCAGAAUCCACGCGGGGGAGAAGCCCUACGGCGGCAGGGAAUGCGGGCGGUCCUUCUCCCGGAAAUCGUGUCUCCUCAUCCACGCCAGAAUCCACACGGGGGAGAAGCGGUACGGCUGCGGCGACUGCGGAAAGGCCUUUUUCCAGAAGUCCUACCUCAUCUUGCAUCGGAGGACUCACACCAGGGGAAGCCCCAUGGCUGCGCCGAGUGCGGGAACGCCUCCUCCUAGAACUCCUGCCUCCUGCCGCACAGGCGGACCCACAUGGGGAGGAAACCGUACCAGUGCUCCAGCUGCGGGAAGACCUUCUCCCAGAACUCCUGCCUCCUGCUGCGCAGGCGGACCCACAUGGGGAGGAAACUACCAGUGCUCCGACUGCGGGAAGACCUUCUCCCAGAAGGCGAACCUUAUCCGCCAUCACUGGAUCCACACGAGGGAGAAGCUGCACGGGUGAAGAGGCCGCGGGGUCAUCACAGAGUCACAGCACGAGGUUGCCGAGCCUCUAGGAAGGACAUCCCCAGGGAGACAGCCCUCAAUCGAAACCCGACGCCCUCCUAGGCAGAGGUCCCAUAUCGGGAUGACAUUCUACCACUUUGGAGGCUUAAGAAAAGCAUGGUCAACCUGGCGUGGUGGCUCAUGCCUGUAAUCCCACCACUUUGGGACACUGAGGCGGGUGGAUCACCUGAGGUC